UUUUAAAGCAGUAUCGUGGAACGCCAGAGGAGGGGAACGUAUGGCAGCUGACAACAGCACAACAGCGCACAACAGUAUGACCACAGCUGAUAUCAGGCUGACAGCCAGCUGGCGUUAAGUGCGUAGAGCUGGCGGCUAAGUGGACUCAGUUUGACAGCUGCGUCUACUUAUCGAAAAUAUAAAGUACUCUCUUUUAAAUAUCAAAAUGAAGCAAAGUACAGGAAAUAAAAAUUCAGCAAAUGCACCCGAUGAAUGUAUUCUUUACGAAUUGUUGGUUUAUUCGGAAUGGAAGACUGAUCCAGAGUUUUCGAAAUUGCAGAGAAAUAACGAAGCAAUUAGAUUCACUACUCCCACUUCAUCAGUUUCCAAUGCUCUCCAAUACUUUGUUAAGAGAGAUACCACCCUUGACGAAGCUCUCAGAUUGCAGCUUCGACAAAUGCCGUGGCAAUUUGCAGUUGGUGAUAAUGGGAAAGUUGUUGCUGUGUUGCAAGAUACUUUAUUGGAAAUUAGAAUUGCUCGUGAUGAAUAUUCAUCUGUUGUUGGAAAAGCAGUCAUUUCAAGGGAUCCAUUUCCUCAAUGGAGAAAAUUGGCAUGGAGUUCAGAUUGUAGUAUGUUAGCUAUUGCUCAUAGUAAUGGUGUUAUAUCAUUCUAUGACCUUCUGGGAAGCAAUAUUUUCACAAUAUUUCCAUCAAAAGUUGCAGAAACAAAAUCAUCUGAUGUUCAAAAUCCUGUUGCUUCAAUAAUUUUUCAUCGACCAAGAAUCAAAAGUCCAAAAUGGUCUUGUGAAUUGAUAGUAGUUGACUAUCAUGGUCAUCUUACUAGCUACUUUGUUUCUCCUAAUGAAGGCUUUCAGGAAAAUCAUACUUUCUCAUUUGCUACACAUUAUCGAAAUGGAGUUUUUGCUGUGAGCUCUCAUCCAUCUCACAAUCUUUUGUUUGUAGCUGGCUCAACUGGACGUUUUGAAAGCAAAGCUCCAGAGCAUCUAGGAAGCAGUGCUGGUCUCUCAGCUUGGAGAAUUUUGAAUGACUAUCCUUUCUACAAACUCGCAAUGAGUUCAAGAGAAGAAGAAGUACUGUUACAGUCCCAAAGAAGCCUUUGGAAUUGGGUUCCUCUGCUAAAAACUCAGUCUAAGAAGAGUACUGUCUUCAAAAUGCAAGUGUCACCUGAAGGCAAAUUAGUUGCGUGUUUGCAUACAUGUGGCAGUAUUUCUCUUUGGCGUCUACCAUCCAUGGAGAUGUACAGCAUGUGGGAACUUGCUCAACAACCAGGGUAUGACAUUCGUAAUCCACAGUUUCCUGGAUUUGCUAGUCGCUCCAAAACACGCCAAGGAGAAUUAUAUGCUGACUGUUAUCCUGUUGACAUUAAUUGGUGGUCUGAACAGGCUGUCAUAGUGGCUCGCUUAUCUGGAGCUGUGAGUGUUUGUUCAGUAUCAAAUCUUCGUAACCUUCUUGGAGAAUCCCCAGAAUUCCUUGCUGGACAACCGCAAGUUUCUGCAAUGUGUAGUGAAAGAGGUUUCCUGGGGCUUGAAUGUGAAACUCAAAUAUCAAGUUUCAAAAGAUCCAAUGAUGACCUUCUGAGCAGACCAUCUGAAACUGAAAGCAGUGAUGAUGAAGAUGAAGUAUCAUUCUUGAACCGGAGCUCAGCUCUUUUGCAGAGUGCUGUGUACCUUGUGACAGAUAUGGAGCGUUUUCAACCAAAGCGCAAAAGACCUAAACUUUUACAUAAGACAUACCGACUACUUGGUUUAAAAAGUACAACUCCUGAAGAGUUAUAUGCAAGAAAGAUUGACAACGAGGAAUAUGGAGAUGCUUUAGAUCUUGCCCGCACUUAUAAUUUAGAUUGUGAUUUAGUUUAUCAGCGACAGUGGCGGAACAGUAAAGUAUCAAUUCAUACGAUUCGUGAUUACUUGAGCAAAAUUACUAAACGUUCAUGGGUUCUCAAAGAAUGUGUUCAAAGAGUACCUGAAAAUUUUGAAGCUGCUCAGGAGUUGCUUGAAUUUGGUUUAUUGGGGACGAAUUUGGAGACUCUUGUCGCAAUUGGGGAAGGCACAGAUGGUGGAAACUUCAUUGUAUUGUCUCCAAUUGAAAAUGAGACAUCUGGAUCUAUUGAUGAAGAAUCAUCAGCGCAGUAUCGUACUCAGAGAGAAGAAAAAUUACUGGCUAAGAUCAAAUCUGAAUCCUUAACUGCUGCCCAACAAGAAUUAAUAUUGUAUAGAUGGAAGUUAUUAUGGUAUUUAGACAUGCUGCAUACCUACAAGAAAAUACAAAGUGGACCAAAUGGGGGAAAAUCUUAUAAUUUUGAAUUUUAUGAUCGAUUUCGAUCAGAAUCUGUUCUUGCUUCUACUGUGGAGUUCGCUCGAGAGGGUCGCUGGUACGCUGUAAAAAUAUUGUUAACUUACCAUGGUAAUGCUGUGUUACGUCACUGGCUACCUAUCUUGUCAAAUUUUCCUGAGACAUUGAAUCCUCGUGAUUAUGAAGCCCUGCUACCAGAAUGUGAUUCUCAAGGAAGUGUAUUCCCAUGGAAGCAGCAAGAGUUGCGACCACGGGAUUGGUGUGAAAGGGAUACAUUUCGGAAAGUGUGGGAUGUAUAUUCCAAUGAUGAUGAUAAAAUUCUUCUGGAACCAGAGUCAGAACUUGGUCAAUUUAGUUGUGAUAACGAAUCUUUGUCUCAGGAAUUGUUAUCUGAAUGGUACAAAUGGCGCGCUCACUGCAUUGAGAAACGCAGUUGUAUGGUAGACCAUGCCUUGAGUUUAGUGAAACUCGCGCAAGCCAGGAAUAUUAUUGGACUGGAAGAAUUAUAUGGACAGCUAUUAACCCUAGAGUCUCUUGUAUAUGAUGUACAUUUGGAAGAUAUUAGUCUUCAGGCACUUCAGAAAAUGACUGAUUUGGAAAAAGCAAAGCUUCUUCUUAGUAAAUCUACAGAAGCAACAUUUGUUCGGGAUGUUCAGAAUAUUUUACGCCCUUUCUUAGUACAAUGCGAAAAAAAGACUGCUGGCAGUCAGCUGCAGUUGCUAAGGGGCUGUCUUUUAGACAUUGCAUCUCAUCAUCUUUCCCUUCCUUUGCUGCUUUUUGAGCACUUCCGUUCAGAUUUCAAUGAUUCUGUCAUUAAAUGGAGUGAUGCUGUUACUCUUGCUUUUGAUUGUCUUUACGCGUACCCUCAUGCAGAUCAGUGGGACAUUGCUUCCAAAAUAGUGCAAUGUGUUGGUGACAAGAAUAUAAGACCCGGAGAAAGCAAUCAACUGUCAAGAUUACAAGAAGUAGAAAAUGAUCUUCAGGCUGCUAACAUUCUUUCAAUUAAUGACCUUCCGAAACCCCUUUCAUUCAUCAGAGAUUGCAAAGCUCAUCCUACCAGUGUCCAACAACUUCUCUUGAGACUGUCUCGCUCUUUUGCUCGAAAAGUUCCUCCUCCAACUAAAAUGCAAUGGGAAGAACUUUUAAAUGAUAUGCUGACUCUGCAUGCCAAAGUGUUUAGCUGCAUCAGUCUGCAGACUGUUUACGAGAUGUAUGCUGAAACUUUGUUGUCAUCGGGUUCUGCAGGAAACAUUCGUAUGGCAUCUGAUAUAUUAGAAGUGCAGCAAACAGGGCGCAGCUACAAGCGAGUGCCCUUUGAUCGUAGUGUACAACUAGUUCUUCAAGUAGCACGAGAAUACUUUGAUUCAGCCGGCAGUCUCACUGACCCAGCUAUGGAAUUAGCAAAGGCAUGUUUGCAUUUGAUUGUGGAAGAAGAGCCAUCCAUUCAGGAAAAUCUUGAUCUAAUUGCAUCCCUUCAGUUGUUGAAUGACUUUGGUCUUUCAAUGUUACCUUUACAGGUCCGCCAGUGCAGAGACAGACUCAAGCUGGUAGAAUCUUGUGUUCGUAAGAAGCCUCUGGCAUAUCGCAGUUGGCAUCGUUUAUUACAGCUGGCUCAGAAACUGCGAGUGUCAGGUUCAGAUGCUCGGCAACGGGAAGGCCAUGUAUUGUCCAUAGUUGCUGAAACUGCUUUGAAAGAAAAGGAUCUGACAUUUUGUGCUGACAUGUGUAAACGUAUUGUAGAUAAUGGAUUUCCAGGUGCUUGGGAAGUUGUUCAGAAUUUUGGCAUGUGUUCUGAAUUUUCUGAUCUGAAACUUCGCAAUUCACUGCUUGGAUUUGCUUUGUUGCAUUGCCCUCCAGAAAAUAUUGAGCCUCUUAUAAGAGCAAGGUGCCUUUUGGAGUCUGAAAUUCUUCAUAAAGAAAUCAAUAGUCAAGUUGAUCCAAGUAUACCUGGUACUCCACAAAAAGAAUUUGUACCAUCUAGUUUGGCUAAAACUGUUGGCCGUUCUACCGAAGCUCUGAAACAAACAACUUACAAUCUUAUUCACAACAUCAGUAGUAAAGACUUUUGGAAGAACAGUUUUAGUUGGGGUGGAGAAUUCAACUCAUCUGAAUUGGAAGAAGAAAAUUUUUCUCCAUUUUCGUGUCAAGGCCUUCCUGCAUUCUAUGCAACGGUCUCUCCAGAGUGUCAUAUGAGUAAUUUGGAUAUUCGUUAUGAUAGAUUUGCUCAACCAGAUAUUCAAGAUCGUUCUUUCAAAAUGUGCCGCUAUUUGUUACGUACUGUUCUACUUGAACAAUCUACUUCUGGAGACCUUAAAAAUAAUCUAAAUCCUGAUGUUCUUUGUGAGUUGAGCAUGCGAUUGCUACCUGAGGACUCAGCUCUAGGACUUUGCCAUCUGCUGGCAGUGGGUGAUGUAGCUCGGGUGGAGGAAGUGUUUCGUCAGUUACCUUGUACAUCUAUCUCCCUGCAAUUGGCCUGUUAUUGUUUUGCUCUUAAGGGUUGGUUGGCCAUCCACUGUGGCAACAAAGAAAGAGUAAAAGAUACUUUUCUUCAUGCCCCACUUCAGCUGGUGCAGUACAUGGCAGGCCUGGCUGCUGGGCUGCAACCUCCUCCCGACUGGGCUGCAGCUUUGCUGCGCCAUCACCACCAAUUGGCUGAUUAUGUGGAAGGACAGCAAUUGCAAGAUUGCGGCUGUGGGGUUGACCUUCAGCUCUUCUCCAGUGAUUCACAGUACCGUCGGGAGUCCAUUUUGGGUUUAGCAUUAACAGUGAAGCCAGAACAGUUCGAAUUGGCUGUUAGCCUUGGGGCUAGACAUGGAGUCUCUGUGGGAGAAAUUGGCUCUAUGCAUGUGAAUGCAUUGUUACUAGCACCCCCGGAAGAAUUAAGCUUUUCUGCUUUAGUAGAACGUCUUGAGGAUCCUACUCUUCGUAAACGAUUAAAUUCCGAACCUGGCAUUGUUUGUGAAAGAAUGACACAGUACGUGUAUCCAAGUCUAUCAGGAACUGAUCAUGCACGUUUAAUUGAGUACUACAACCUUUUAGCAUCAGUGGCCAAACUAUUUGUCACAAAUUCCUUACCUCCAAAAGAGCAUAUAAAACUUCUUAAGAAAGUGAAAAAUAUUUCGACUGAUAUUGAUUAUAAGGAUCUUGUUUCUGGUGAGAAAUCAGUAUUGGAAGUAUUAAGGCCAGUGCUUCAUCAUGAUAAUGUUGGUGCUGUGGCGAAACUGGUGCAAGGGUUGCCAGAUGCUAUUCAGGAUGGUACACAACCCAGUUCUAUAUACGGUGCUUGGGCUCUCCACUGUUUCUUACAGGUGCUUGGGAGCGGAGAGCCUGUAGAUGUAAAAAAGUGCUUGAAACAGUUAGAUAUAUGCCAGGAAUACUUCAGCUUGAUGGAAGCAAAAGACGUUGAAGCAUUUGCUCGGGGAUCAUGUUUUACUGUAUCAGCUCAGGAAGGCAUGGACAGAGACUGUCGAAUCCAACUUUUAAAUAGUGUACGGGAAUAUUGUCAGUCACAAAGUGAUCAAGCAACACCAUCCAAUUUGAAGGCUGCCUGGAAGCAAACUGCUGAUACUUUGACGAAUUGGGAGGAACAUCUUAAAGUGAUAAAUUCAAAGAAAGCUGCAGAGUUGUGGACAUGUGGUGAUGAAACAUUGUGUUCUCUUCUCAAGCAAUUAGAAAGGUCUUGUGGGGAGUCCAACCUUGUGCUCUCCACUCUUCAAGAGGCUGUGGAAAGUGCAGUUUCUCUUCGUGCAUUGCAACAACUUGUUCAACUGCUUCCAUCAUCUUUCCCAUCAUUACUUCAGUUGUUGGAAAAGCUUCUGUCAUCUGCUGCAAAGGACCUUAGAUCAACCUCAAAUUCUAAAUCAUUAUCUCUUCUUGUUGCUGUUCUGCAACGGUUAAGAGAGUUUAUUACACAAUUCAGCGAUCAGAUUAACUUAGUGCCCCCAACCGUUUGGCGACAACUUGAACAACUUUGCAUUGAAGGGCAACUUACCCCUGAUAUUCAGCUUGAAGUGUUAAGUUUACUACAGACUGUGCAGAAUACUGUGGAUGAUGGAGGAAGUCAGAGUCUAGGUCCUCAAAGGUUAUUACUUCAUCACACUCAAGCAGCUGUAACCCUUGCAUGGCCAGAAACGCAUCCUGAUGUCAAUGACAAUGAUCUGGCUACAGAUGCAAAUCGAAGACAGCUUUUUGCUACACUUCUUGGCAAAACAACAACAUGGGAACAAUUACAGACAUUGGUGCAGCUUUUAAAACGAUGGCCACCGUUUGAACCUCUUAAUGGAAGGAAUUAUGUUGAUGGCCCUUGGCUUCAAUGUGUUGACAAACUGUUAAAUUUUGAAGGCAUUGCUGUUGAAGAAAUGGAAGAAAUAUUAGAAGAUAUUUUUCAGGACAAUACAUUUUCAGAAGAGAGCCUUCAAGAAGUUGUUAAGAAAUCGGAAGGUUUGACUGAACUCUCACCUCUUGUUUUGACAUGUUUACUUAUGGAAAAUUCCAAUCUCCAUCGUUUGGGAGCCUUACUGAUUCAGAAAUAUUAUCAUUUGGGUGUUGCACAGCUUACAGUUAGAGUGUGUCGACUUUUGUUACAAAGAGGACUUACUGCAUCAGUUGUAAGCUCACGUGCUUACCCACAGUUGGUAGAAUUAUUGCUGAGUGGUUUGGAAGAAACUGAAGGAAAAGAGAAGGAGAAGAAACUGUUGUUGCCAGAUGUAACUACAGUGUGCAAGCAACUAGUGAAUGCUGGAUGUUUGGCUGAAGCAGGUACCCUUCAUUUAAGAGCAAUGGGUGCACCUUCUGCUCUUAUGGACUUUUCCACUGCUCUUCUUGUAGCUCAGCGUUGGUCUUCAGAAGACUGAACCAUGUUAUUAGUGUGAUUUCAUUUAUUUUCAAGUGUUUACAAAAAGUUUAGGAACCAUCAUGGCCAAAAGAUGUGUCAAUUCUUCGAAUAUCUGUUAUCUUAUUGGAAGCUACCUGUCAUCUUAUAUCUGAUGUCUUAUUGCUAGUUUGUUGACCUGUAGGUUAGGGUAAAGAAUGUUAUCAUACAGUCUGUGACUGUUAUGAAUUUGUGAUAUGUGCGAAUUCUUGUUGUUGUUGUUGUUCUUAUUGUUGGGUUAUUUUCCUUUUUAUUUAUGAAAUGUGCAUUGUGAGGGUUUGGAUAAAAAUACAUGUCUAAAAGAGGUACUGAAGUUGCACUUGAAAACUAUGUUAGGUAAUUAAUCAAGUUGAAAAAAAGCAAGUCAUUUUGAAUUAAACUGUUGAAAAUUAACUGUGUUUUAAGUAAUAAUAAUGGAUGUUGAGAUAUUUCAAGGUUGAAUUAGAUGUCAUAAUCAACAAACAAUGAACAUGACAAGUAUAAAUUAUGCUUGAAAAUUUGGCUGAAUAGAUUACUUUUGAAUGAUUUGUACAUUUUUGUAAUAUACUCUUUUAUUUCAUAUCAUACUAUUUAGCAUUGCUUAAUUGGUCUGCCGCAAAAUAAUGUGUUUGCUUAUAUUUCUCUUUUAACAAGGUUGUAUUUUGUGGAUGUAAUAAAACUGUUUAAUAUGAAUUUUUGGAAAAAUGGAAAACCUGGAAACAAAUUUUGGAGCAAAAGAAUCUUUUAUAUUUUACAUGAAAAUAUAUAAUAUGUUGAAGGAAAACUCUUAGAGUUUCUGAUUAUCACAAAAAAAUUUGAUUAUUUACAAAGUAAUUAACUUUUUUUAUGUUGUGAAAAGAUUGUUCCCUGACUGAGAAGAGUAAAGAAAUUCCACAAUCACUGCAAUUGUUGAAGAAAGUAACAUUAAACUAGGGGUACAUGACAUUUAUUGUAAUUUUACUCAAUUUAUUCAAAAUAAUUACAGUAUAUACCUUUCAUUACAUCCAAAGCAGUUUUCCCAUUAUGAAUACACUUAUGAAUACUGUGAAGAAGUUUAAGAAACAUAAUUAUUAUUUCUAAAAUAUUUAUGGCUGGUUCAAACCGAAAUACUUUCUGGAUCCAUCCCCUGAUUGCAGAUAGUAUCUUGAAAUUUAAGGAGAAUUUGAGGAGAAAAAAAUUAUUAAUUUUUAUGAAAUAAUUCACUUUGAACUGAAUCCAAUACAAUAUGGAGUGAUCUAAGUUCUUUCUUCUUAGUGCUUCUUUUGAAUUGUGAACAUUCUAGUACAGUUGUGACAAAUUUUUCAUUAUUAGAUUAAAAUACAACCUUGAUUGAAACAAAAAUCUAUAAAAACAGACAAAAAAUACUGGAAUGAUCUUAUGCAAGUUUCAAUGUAUUUGUUGAAGCUGUUCAGUUUGUUUUUAUUAAAUUUUGGAUAAACGUUUCCUAUUUUAUGUCGUUUUUUAGUAAAUGUUCCAAUGUGUGACAUGAUUUUAAAAAUUUAAAGAAUGCAAAAUAAUCUGAGAAUUUUCAAUGAAUUUAGAGGGAGUGUUUAGACUAAUUUUAGUCUAAUGUAUGAGAGAAUCACCAUGAAUUAUCUAUUUAAUAUUCUAGAGCCAUGUGAAAAAAUAUUACAAUCUGAUUCUUUUUUAUGUAACAUUAUCUUCGCAGCAUGAACUGCUUUUGUGACAGCAAUAUAUUUAAAUAUUUUAUUAAUAAUUAAGUAUAAUUAUCUUUGUUGUGUGCUCUGGUAUUUGUAUAUGUAUAAAAUGUGUAUUUUUUACUUUGUUUUAUCUGAUUUAUUGUGUACCUUUUGGAAAACAAAACAAACAAAAUAAUUACAUAUGGU